AAUUUCGGCCUCAACAAAGACGCAUUUAAAAGCGUUUUAACAAUUAUGGAGGAAGAGCUUGGGCGAAGUGUAAAAUCAUCAUCGGUGACUCCUGCAAUUAGAUUGAUGGCAGUUUUGAGGUUUUUCGCUGAAGGAAGCUACCAACACGGUGUUGGGAAAGAUUUUGAUGUGGGGUUGGCGCAAUCAACGUUCUCAAAAACAUUGACAAGAACUUUAAACAUCUUGGAACGCCGACUGUGCCCAGUAUGGAUUAAACUGUCAAUGACGGAGGAGGAGAAUAAACGAGCCAAAAUGUGGUUUUACAGGAGAACGCAAUUCCCUGGCGUUAUUAUGUGUGUGGACGGCACGCACAUUAAAAUACUUCCUCCUGCAGACGAACCGUAUUUGUACUACAAUCGUAAGGGAUACUACAGCCUAAAUGCAAUGGUGAUUUGCGAUAACAAGAUGCAAAUAAGGUACGUUGAUGCUCGGUUUCCAGGCAGUAGCCACGACUCACAUGUGUGGAAUGUAAGCGCUGCAAAAACCUAUUUUGAAGAGAGAUAUCGGCAAGGAGACAAAACAACUUGGAUAUUAGGCGAUGCUGGAUAUCCCUUACAGCCGUGGUUAAUUACACCAUUCCGUUCUCCUGUGGCAGGAAGUAGAGAAAGCGCCUUCAACAAAACGCACAGUAAAGCGCGCAACAUAGUCGAGAGAGUCAUCGGCGUUUUGAAAAAUAGAUUUCGAUGCCUGCUAAGAGCUCGCCAACUACAUUAUUCGCCCCAAAAAGUGGUACAAAUAAUUCAUGUGGUAUGCGCAUUGCACAACAUGUGCAUCCACUACAACGUGGAAGAUAAUACACCUGAUAUUAUGGAUGAUGAAUAUCAAGAUGUAAAUGAAGAGGAAGCGCCAUCAGAAUUUUCCAGAGAAGCGUCAGACAUAAGAAUGCGAAUUUUGAGAUUAUUACCUAACUAA